ACUCUCAGGACAGGAAAUGCGAAGAAUCACUUUUCUGGUUUUACAACACAAAACAUAAUGGACUACUUCAUUUCCUUUGCCCUUCUUCCCAAAAUGCCACAUUACAUUCAGUGGAUAUAAUCCAAUUUUAAUUUCCAGACCAAAAAGUAUUAAACUUGCAACACUGAAUUUCUGAUUCCCUGUCACGUUUCCAAGGAAGCAUGGUUUGUGUGCUUGGAGAAGGCCGUGCUACCCUGGAUGGUUCUGGCCAUGCUUGAAGCCAUUUCUUUGGGGAGCUGCCUCAUAGUACAGAAAAGAUGAAAAUACCAGAUACUGCUGUCUGCCAAGAUGGAUUUUGUGAGUGGCAUAAUAAGAGGAGGGAUAAAGGCUUCUUGACUUAGAUAGGAAUUUGUUCUUACACUUGGAGAAUGGGAGGGGAACCCCACACAACUGGUUAAUGAGCGGAAAUGGUGUUAAAGAACCAUUUACAGGCAUUGUAGCAGAGCAUCAUGGCAGAGCUGUGAAAAGAUGAUGCUGAGUAUAUGUUAUGGCUACAAAACAGCAAAUUAAUUUGUGAACUACCAUUAAAUCUAUUGUCUAACUACAUUUUUAAGUGUUUUAGCAUAUGUCUAGCAUUGAAUAUGCUCAUGACUUAAAAAUUUGUAAUAAAAACUAUUUAUAUAGUUGGAUGGAGGGUUUCCAGUAUUCACCAGGGCAGGCUGCUGAGAUGGAGAAUUAUGAUAGUGUGAUCUGUGAGAAUAGAGGAACAUUUCUUAACCAAGUCAUAAUACUGGUUUCUACUGCCUGUUACCAUAUUGCUUUUUAUGUAUCAUCUGCUUCCACAUUUUGCUAGUGUGAAAGGUUUCUGCCAUUUUAAAUGUGCUUCAGGUCUUUGGUGUUUCCCAUAGCUGAGCUGGGAGUGGGAGCACACUGGGCCCUUCCGUGUGUCUGUGGAUGAGUAAGUGUCUUACAAAACUACAGUAUUUUAUGAAAAAAAUCAUCACUUCCAAAAGUUUGUGUGUGUCUCUGUUUGAUAAUGCCUUUGACUCUUUUUACGCAAGUGAAAGGAGCGAGUGCACUUCUCUUGAAAUUACAACCUUUGAAGCUUAUGUAAGAGUUGUGACCCCACUGCCACCGGUGAGGACACCACAGGAGGGGCUUCCAGAACCUUCCUGCCUGAGUAAGGGACACGGCAGCCUGCGAGGGGCAAAACUGGGUGGCAGGCCUUAAGGGCCAGUGUGUGUGACUUUUUAAUUUGUAAAUUGUUGUAAGUUUUUGCACUUCGAAGUCAAGACUGUGUUUGUUGGGGCUGGUGCACUGAGGCCUUCCCGCCCUGUGAGGAAGCCCCUCAGCAGCCCCCCCGGCCUCAGCUGCCUCCAGCCAGCACAGAUCGGAACCUGAGGAGCUGGCAGGACGUGACUGGCCACCACAGCAGGGCCUUCAGCCUGUUGGAAAAGAUUUAGGUUUUCUUUUCGACUGGAAACGUUACUAAUGGUCUCUAUUGUUUUUCGGUUCUGAUGCAGAUUUCCCGAGGUCAUGCAUUUGAAAUGGCUUCUCCCCCAGGGGACAGGGCUCUGGGUGCGCAGAGCACCAGCACCCUGCGGCCUGCCCUCUGAGGAGGAAACCUUUCUGUGACAGAUUUGCUUGGUAAUUGCGUUUUCUGGAGUCAUACUGCACUGCCUCAUCCCGCUUAAAGCUUUGGCAGAGUUGAGACUUCCACAAAUCCCUGACCUAAUUAGUCAUGACAGCUGUUUGUUUAGCAGGGCCUGUAAUGUUAUCAGAAGUACCCUUCUGAGGCCAUCUUUUCAAAUACAGGGUUUGUUCAGAUCUGAAGAAAUACCUUCCAAAAUAUCAGCCUCCCAGGAGAGACUUUACUGUGCUUAUGCUGGUCGUACUGGAUAUUUGGGAGGAUUUUUAUUCAGAAGUCCUUAAACCAGCAGAUUGAGCUGUUCUGUAUCAAGCAGGGGAUUAAAACAAUCUCCUUACAACUGAGCAGUGGUGUUCUGCAAGCACAAACUGCACCUAAGAUGUGUGUUUCUUUGCAGCCACGCUGAACAUUCCUUCAGAAAUCUUUCCAUAACGCAGCAGUGCUCGCAUGUGAGUGCUUGUGCUGUUCCUAAUUUCAGCUGUCUGAAGCCACCACUGGUUUUAUGAGCAGGGUGCUGCCUCUAAAGAAUAAUGAAGAUAAAUCUCUACCAUGACUAAUCACUCAAGAAGUUCAUGUACCUCCUGAGCCCAAGUGGAGUUCUCAGCACAAUAUUGCUAGGUUAACCAAAAGUGUUGAGGCGGAAGAAUGAGCUUCUUUAGGCAAGUCAGACUUCUACUCUGGAAGAACUGGAUCCUCCGGAAAAGACAAAAGCUUCGUUUUCUUGUGGAGCUUGUAUGGCCUCUGACAUUAUUUCUUGCCCUUGUCUGGCUGAGGAAAGCUAAUCCAUUGUAUCGCCAACAUGAAUGUCACUUCCCAAACAAGGCAAUGCCAUCUGCAGGAACACUGCCAUGGUUACAUGGCAUCUUCUGUAACAUGAACAACCCAUGUUUCCACAGCCCAACCCCUGGAGAGGGUCCAGGUGUUGUGUCCAACUACAACAAUUCAAUCCUUGCAAGGGUAUAUAAAGAUGCUCAGGAGCUCUUACUGGCAGCUCCUGAAAUCCAAGACCUUGGCAGAAUCUGGGAAGAACUGAUCAUUAUGACUCAGUUUAUGGAAACAAUGAGAACUAAUCCUGAAAGAAUUGCAGGAAGAGGAAUACGAAUUCUAGACAUUCUGAAAGAUGGAGAGACCCUCACUUCCUUCUUGCUGGAAGAUGCUGGCCUCCCAGAUACUGUUGUUUUCCAGCUUAUCAAUGCUCAAGUGCGCCCUGAACAGUUUGCCUAUGGUGUCCCUAGCUUGACUCUGAAGGACAUCGCUUGCAGUCAGAUGCUCCUGGACCGCUUUAUUAUCUUCAGCAGCCGAAGAGGUCUCCCUUCUGUGCACAAGGCCAUGUGUGCCUUGUCCCAGGAAAGCCUGCAGAGAGUAGAAGAUGCCUUGUAUGCAAAUGUUGAUUUUUUUAAGCUAUUUCAGCUGCUUCCCACUGUGUUGGACAGAAACUCACCAGGCGUUGACCUAAAGACCUGGGGGAGGGUGCUGUCUAAUGUCUCUCAAGUGAUGCAAAAGCUAGCCAGGAAGCCGAGUGUUCAGAACCUGUUGAUGGUGCUGCAACCAUUUGUACAACACGGAAGGCCAGAAUCCUUAGGCCACUUGGUGAACUCGCUAUCUGAGCUUUUGUGUGGCUAUCCAGAAGGAGGUGGAUCCAGAGUACUUUCCUUCAACUGGUAUGAAGAUAAUAACUACAAAGCUUUCCUGGGGAUUGACUCAACAAGGAAGAAAUCCAGUUAUCUUUAUGAUAAUACAACCACACCCUUUUGUAAUGCAUUGAUCCAGAACUUGGAAUCAAACCCUUUAACCAAAAUAGCCUGGAGUGCUGUGAAGCCCCUGCUGAUGGGAAAAAUUCUCUUUGCUCCUGAUUCACCUUCUGUACGGCAAAUACUUAAAAAUGCAAACUCUACUUUUGAGGAACUUGAACGCCUCAGACUGUUGACAAAAUCUUGGGAAGAAAUAGCACCUCAGCUGUGGUACUUCUUUCAAAACAGCCUGCAAAUGAAUAUGAUCCGUGACUCUCUGAAGCACCCUACAGUGAGGAACUUCUUGAACACCCAACUGGGUGCUGAAGGCUUCACUGCUGAACAUAUAAUCAACUUUCUCCACAAUGGGUCGCCAGGGAGCCGGGAGAAGGGAAUGGCAGACUUUGACUGGCGGAACAUCUUCCGUACUGCAGACCAAGCUCUGCGUUUGCUCGGCCAGUAUCUGGAGUGCGUGACCCUGGAUAAAUUUGAAGGUUAUAUUAAUGAAAGUCAACUCACUCAUCGAGCCCUUCAUCUGCUGGAGGAAAACAAAUUCUGGGCAGGUGUAGUUUUUCCAGACAUUGAGCCUACAACAAGCAGUCUUCCACCACAUGUGAAAUACAAGAUCCGGAUGGACAUAGAUGCAGUGGAGAAAACAAACAAAAUCAAAGACAGGUAUUGGGAUCCUGGUCCAAGAGCUGAUCCUGUGGAUGACUUACGUUAUAUCUGGGGAGGCUUUGCAUAUCUCCAAGACAUGAUUGAGCACGGGAUUAUAAAGACCCAGACCAACACUGAAGUGCCGUUAGGAAUUUAUCUGCAGCAAAUGCCAUACCCAUGUUUUGUGGAUGACGUUUUCAUGAUCACCUUAAACCGCGCCUUUCCCAUCUUCAUGGUGCUAGCUUGGAUAUAUUCAGUUUCCAUGACGGUGAAGAGUAUAGUGCUGGAGAAGGAAAUGCGCCUGAAAGAGGCUAUGAAGAACAGGGGUGUAACUAAUGGGGUGAUCUGGUGCACUUGGUUCCUAGACAGCUUCGGCAUGAUGGCUGUGAGCACAUUCCUCCUCACAGUGCUCAUUAUGUGUGGACAAGUACUACAUUAUAGCAAUCCACUUCUCUUCUUUCUGUUCCUCCUGACCUUCACCACAGCCACCAUAAUGCAGUGUUUCUUGUUCAGCACCUUUUUCUCCAAAGCAAAUCUGGCAGCUGCCUGCAGUGGAGUCAUCUAUUUCACCUUGUACCUCCCUCACGUUGUCUGCUUUGCCUGGCAAGACCGCAUGACUAUUAAUCUGAAGAUCCUAGCAAGUUUGCUUUCUCAAGUAGCUUUUGGCUUCGGCACAGAAUACUUGUCACGGUAUGAAGAACAAGGUCUUGGCCUACAGUGGGGUAACGUCAGAACCAGUCCCUUGGAAGGAGAUGAAUAUAGCUUUCUUUUUUCCAUUAGAAUGAUGCUUUUUGAUGCUUUUCUCUAUGGAGUACUUUCUUGGUACCUUGAUAAUGUUUUUCCAGGGGACUAUGGUCUACCACAGCCUUGGUAUUUCCCUGUGCAGGAAUCUUACUGGCUUGGCUCUAGAAAUCCAAAAGCUGAGAAAACAGCAAGUGCUGAUGAAAAAAGUCCAGAGUCAAAAGGCUGUGUGGAUCAGAAGGCCCUGGAAGAGGAAAAAAAUGAAAGCAGAACAAAGAAAUCUGAAGAACCUGAAAAGCCAGAAGAAAAGACUGACAACCAGGGGGAGAAGGAUGGUAAAAACAAACAAUGUAAACACAAACGAGAAAAAGAACACGGCAAGCAGGGGAAACCUCAGACAGAUGUCCAGGACAAAGAUGAAAUUAAUAUAAAUACCUUCUUUGAGCCUGAGCCAACAGGACUGAUUCCAGGAGUAUGCAUUCAGAACCUGGUGAAGAUUUUUGCCAACAGGCCCAAGCCAGCAGUAGAUGGGAUGAAUAUUACUUUUUAUGAGGGCCAGAUCACGGCCUUUCUUGGUCACAAUGGAGCAGGAAAGACAACCACCAUGUCCAUACUGACAGGCCUCUUCCCACCCACCUCUGGAACAGUGCUGAUUGAUGGCCUGGAUAUUCAGACUCACAUGGACUCCAUUCGGCACAGAAUAGGCAUGUGCCCUCAGUACAACAUCUUAUUCAACCACCUUACUGUAGCAGAGCACAUCUUAUUUUAUUCUCAACUGAAAGGGAGAUCCAGGGAUGAAGCUGAGCAAGAGGUGGAAAAAAUGCUAGAAGACAUGGGCCUCACCCAUAAAAGGAAUGAAGAGGCUCAGAAUUUGUCAGGUGGAAUGCAAAGGAAACUGUCUGUUGCCAUUGCUUUUGUGGGUGAAGCAAAAGUGGUAGUCUUGGAUGAGCCCACUUCUGGAGUUGAUCCAUAUUCCAGGAGAUCUAUCUGGGAUCUUCUGCUGAAGUAUCGCUCAGGCAGAACCAUCAUCCUCUCCACACAUCACAUGGAUGAGGCAGACAUCCUUGGAGACAGAGUAGCCAUCAUAUCCCAAGGGAAACUCUUCUGCUCAGGCUCUCCUGUAUUCCUAAAGAACUGCUUUGGGUCUGGCUUCUAUCUCACUCUUGUUCGCAAAAUGAAAAACACCAGAACUGGAAGGACUACAUCGCUUUGUAGCUGUGGAUCUCAGUGCUCCUGCUCCUGCUCCAGCUGUACACGCAGGACCAAAGAAGGAGCUCCAGAGCAGGAACUGGAUGGAGAUCUGAAUGAGCUAGCAGAAGUAAUUCAUCAUCAUGUCCCAGAAGCAAAAUUAAUUGAAAGCAUUGGUCAGGAACUCAUUUACCUUUUGCCCAAUAAACAUUUUAAACAGCGAUCUUACGCCAGUCUCUUCAGAGAACUGGAGGAAACAUUGGAUGACCUGGGACUCAGCAGUUUUGGAGUUUCAGACACACCACUUGAAGAGGUUUUCCUAAAGGUCACAGCAGAAGCUGACCCUGGAAUGCAAAAAGCAGGAGACACACAGGAAAAUGGCUCUACUCUUGGCAAAAUUUCUACUGAGAACAAACCAUCUGAACAAACCCCACUGGAAAUUAAUGACACUUCUCGAAUGCCAGUAGGCAUAGCAGGAGAUCAAAAUGGAGGCAAAGGGUCCCAACAGUAUAAAGGUUUUCAGCUUGUACAUCAGCAGAUCAAAGCACUGCUCAUCAAACGGUUCCACCAUGCCUCCCGCAGCCACAAGGACUUCCUAGCCCAGAUUGUUCUCCCUGCUAGUUUUGUGUUGCUAUCUUUAAUACUUACAGUCAUUAUUCCUCCAUUUGGACAAUAUCCUGCCUUAACCUUACACCCUUGGAUCUAUGGACAACAGUUUACUUUCUUCAGCAAUGAGCGUCCCGGCAGUGAGCAGACGGCCUCCAUCACUGAUGCUUUCUUGAAUAAACCAGGAUUUGGAAAUCGCUGCAUGAAGAAUCAGCCUCUUCCGAACUACCCAUGCAAUAAUAUGCCAACUGCCUGGAACACCCCUGCUGUUCAGCCUAACCUAAGCAGCCUCCUGCUGAGCCAAAAGUGGAGCCCUGAGAAUCCUUCACCUUCCUGCAAGUGCAGUACUCACAAGAAACUCACUAUGCUGCCAGAAUGCCCUGCAGGCGCGGGAGGCCUCCCACCACCACAGAGAGUGCAGCACAGCACAGAAAUUCUUCAAGAUCUGACCCACAGAAAUAUUUCAGAUUUUCUGGUGAAAACAUAUCCCACUUUGAUAAAAGGGAGCUUGAAGAGCAAAUAUUGGGUCAAUGAGCAAAGAUACGGAGGCAUUUCUAUAGGAGGAAGGCUCCCGGUCCUUCAUGUUUCUGGAGAUCAAGUUGUCAAUUUUUUAAGUGAUCUUGGCCGAAUGAUGAAUGUGACAGGAGGGCAAAAUUCACUGGCUGCUGCUAAAGAAAUGUCUAAUUUCCUCAAAUACAUGGAAACUGAAGAUAAUAUUAAGGUGUGGUUUAACAAUAAAGGCUGGCAUGCUAUGGUUAGUUUCCUUAAUGUAGCAAAUACUGCAAUCCUUAGAGCUAACCUGCGGACUGGCCAAGCCCCUGAGGAAUAUGGGAUCACUGCUAUCAACCAUCCUCUGAACCUCACCAAGGAGCAACUCUCUGAAGUCACUGUGCUUACCACUUCUGUGGAUGCAGUUGUUGCCAUCUGUGUGAUUUUUGCCAUGUCCUUUAUACCGGCUAGUUUUGUUUUAUACCUGAUUCAAGAACGUGUAACAAAAGCCAAGCAUCUGCAGUUUGUCAGUGGUGUGAGCCCUGCGAUCUACUGGCUAACUAACUUCAUGUGGGACAUAGUGAAUUAUACACUGAGUGCUGGAAUGGUUGUGGUUAUAUUCGCUGGAUUCAACAAGAAAGCCUACACUUCUCCGACUAAUCUCCCUGUGCUUGUUGCCUUGCUGCUUCUGUAUGGAUGGGCAGUAAUUCCCAUGAUGUACCCUGCUGCUUCUUUCUUCAAUGUUCCCAGCACUGCUUAUGUUGCAUUAUCUUGUAUUAAUCUCUUUGUGGGGAUCAACAGCAGCGCCAUUACUUUCAUCCUAGAGUUAUUUGAAAAUAACCCGUCUUUGCUGAAGUUUAAUAAAACAUUGAAAAAUGUGUUGAUUGUCUUCCCACAUUUUUGCCUGGGCCGUGGACUCAUUGACUUGGCCAUGAACCAAGCUGUCACUGAAGUAUUUGCCAGGUUUGGUGAGGAACAUGUUUCCAAUCCUUUUCAGUGGGACUUUGUUGGAAAGAACCUGGUUGCCAUGGCUGUUCAAGGGGUUGCAUUCUUCAUUCUGAAUCUCCUUAUGCAGCACCGUUUGUUCUCCACAAGAUGGUUUGCUGAGACUGCCAUGUCACCUAUUAUGGAUGAAGACGAGGAUGUUGCAGAAGAAAGAAAAAGGAUUAUUAGUGGAGGGAACAAAACAGAUAUCUUAGAAAUAAAAGAGCUGACCAAGAUUUAUGCAGGUAGGCACAAGCCUGCAGUGGACAGACUCUGUGUUGGCAUCCGUCCCGGAGAGUGCUUUGGUCUUUUGGGAGUGAAUGGUGCUGGCAAAACAACAACAUUCAAAAUGCUGACUGGAGAUACUGAUGUGACAUCUGGAGAUGCUGUAGUGGCUGGUAGUAGUAUAUUGACCCACAUUUCUAAUGUACAUCAAAACAUGGGAUACUGCCCUCAGUUUGACGCCGUUGAUGACCUGCUCACAGGACGAGAACACCUCCACUUAUAUGCACGCCUGCGGGGGAUUCCAGCAGAGGAGAUCAAGAGGGUUGCAGAAUGGGGCAUCCAGAAGCUGGGACUUCCUAUGUAUGCAGACCACCUGGCUGGUACCUACAGUGGUGGCAACAAGCGCAAGCUCUCCACUGCCAUUGCACUGAUAGGCUGCCCACCACUUGUCUUGCUAGAUGAACCGACUACUGGGAUGGACCCUCAGUCCCGGCGCCUCCUGUGGGACUGUAUUGUCAGUGUGCUCAGAGAUGGGCGAGCUGUGAUUCUAACCUCACACAGUAUGGAAGAAUGUGAAGCCCUUUGUACCCGUUUAGCCAUCAUGGUAAAAGGCACCUUCAAAUGCCUGGGCACAAUUCAGCAGCUAAAAUACAAGUUUGGAGAUGGCUACAUUGUCACCCUGAAAAUCAAAGCUCCGAAGCCUGGAAUGCCUCCAGAUCCUACUCCUGCUGAGCAGUUCAUACGCAUGAACUUCCCAGGGAGUUUACAGAGAGAAAAACACUACAACAUGCUGCAGUAUCAGAUUUGCGCCUCCUCUCUGGCUAAGAUUUUUCGGUUAAUAAUCUCCAAUAAGGAAAACUUGCAUAUUGAAGAAUAUUCUGUGUCUCAAACAACUUUAGAUCAGGUUUUUGUGAAUUUUGCUAAACAGCAGAUGGAGGAUGAGGAAAUUCCUUUGCAUCCCCGUGCAGCUGGGGCCAGCCGAGAAGGAAAGGUGUCUCCUGCUUUGCAACAGCAGGCAGUUGCGUAGACUGUUCCUACAGUCACCAGCGCUUAGACUGUGCACAAUGCAAAGAUGUGCCAUAUCAGAGCAGUACAAGGGUAAAACAAAGUUUCCCAUGCUCAGUAUUAUGCUGGCUUUUUUGUGUCUUUCUGAGCACUGUGCUCAUGACAGCAACAGCCCUAGCAACAGGCAACUUCUACUGCUCUACCAGAAACACUACAUACUGGAAGUGUCAAAGGAUGGGCAGGUCCUUGCUAUGGAACAAAAUCUUCCUCUAAUAUAAAGUUCAUUAGAAGAUACAAGUUGAAAAUUCUUAUUCCACCUUGUUGGCAUGUAAAGAGCAUUAAAGACAUUUUCUCUGUCUGGCCCUUUCAGGCUGGCUGAUUUUUCUUGUUCAACUCUUUAGUCAGCUGCUACCAGUCAGCAAACAGGUCCCAAGGCAGGAAGCAUCGCCCAGCUGAGAAGUGGACUCCUGCUGUCCCCACUGCACAGGACUACCAAGGUCAGAAUAUCAAUGCUGGCUGACGGGGGCAGUGCUGGGAGCCUGCUUCCCUGUCUCACCAGGCUGCCAGUGAAAACAGACGGUUGUCUCAGCAAGCAUGGGACGAAUUAAUUCAGAUCUCAGACCCAGGCAAGAAAUUUCCUAUUAAAAAAAAAAAUCUUAAUGAAAAUUAUCUCAUAUUCAUCUUUGAGUUUCUCAAACAGAAGCAGAACAGAAUGUCAAAAUGGAGAUUAAAAGGAGAGUCUGUCCAAGAGUUUUGUUUCCUCGUGGAGGCCUGGGAAAGCCAUCUUUGUUACUAAACAGGAUCAAAUUUUUCUUCUUUCCUAUGACUCCACCUUUAGUGGGUGGAAAGGGUAUGUGCUCUCUCUGUGCUUAGAAGGAAAAUUUCAACCUGCUUGUAUUCCACACUGCACUUGGUGGGAAAUCAUUUGACAUUUAGCUCUUUUCUCUGGUUCACAGUUAAACAAGUGGAAAAUAACAAUACUGAAAACAAACUUAUAAAGAUGUAUUUCGUCAGAUAUCUAUAAGACCUAACCAUUUCUAAGAGAUCUUCUCUAAGAUAUAUUAUACAGAAAUAAAAUCUGGGUCAUGUA